GCCCCGCCGCGAGUGUUACCACGCCGUCGGAGUGUACGUUCAAUCGCAGGGUGGAUACGGAUCGCGCCCCGCCGCGAGCCUCCCGAGAAGGAUCGAUCUCUCUCCCUCUCCGUCUCUGGCGCGCGAUCGCCCGCGACGCCGAGGCCUCGUCGGAGUCGAAACUCGAGGCGCCCGGUCGCGACGGCUCGCUGCCUCGGGAGGCGAUCGAAGCCCUCCGUUUCUUUCUCUCGCUCUCUCCCUCUCUCUCCCCGAGAUUCUCCGAUUGCUCCGCCUCGUCGGCCGCGACGACGACCACGAGCGCCAGGUUGCGCGGCUCGGCGCCGGGGCGCCGGAAGCCCGAGGGCGCCGCCGGGGCCAGGGGAGGCCGACUCGAUGCGCCGAUACGGACCGAGGUUGCUGAUAUGAUAUGCUGUUGGAGAUGGAUCACAACUCGAGCCUGAUAUCGCUCAACAUGUCGCCGUUCCACCUGAGCCCUCAGGGCAGUCCCCAAGGCGCCGGGGGCCCGCAACAGGCCCAGUACGGCUCGCCUUACGGCCACUGUGGCCAGAGUCCCCCCUCGGCCAUGUGCCAGCCGCAGCCGCACCCGCACCCGCACCAGCAGCAGCAGCAGCAGCACCAACAUCAGCAGCAGCAACAGCAGCAGCAGGCGCAGCACCAGCACCAACAUCAGCACCCGAGUCAGAUGUCGGGGCACGAGCAGGCGCAGUCGCAGGCCGGCAUCUCGGGGUUCGAGGCCGCGUUUUUCGACGCGACCGCCCUGGAGGAACGGUGCCCGAUGUGCGGCGACAAGAUGUCGGGCUACCAGUACGGCCUGCUGACCUGCGAGUCCUGCAAGGGCUUCUUCAAGCGCAACAGCUCGCCCUGCAGCAACAAGAAGGUCUACACCUGUCUGUUCUCCCCCACAGGGGGCGGAUGCGGCGGCACCUCGUCGACCUCCCACGAGUCCGGGCCGUACGCGACGUCGGGCGCCGCCGCCGCCGCCGCGGCCGGCGGGACCGGUGGCGCCGCCUCGGCCGCCGGCGGAAGUAGCGCGGCCGCCGCCGUCGCCGCCGCAGCGGCCGCCGCCGCCGCCGCCGCGGCUGCGGCCGGCGGUACCAACGGGAGCGGCGCCGGGGCCGGCACCCUCUGCCACCCGGGGCUGGGCCAAGUCGGCGUGGGCGUCGUCACCGGGUCCAUUCCCGGUCCCUCCGACUUCCCCGACACCAAGGAUGUCAUCGAGGAGCUGUGUCCGGUGUGCGGCGACAAGGUGUCCGGGUACCACUACGGGCUCCUGACCUGCGAGUCCUGCAAGGGCUUCUUCAAGCGCACCGUGCAGAACAAGAAGGUCUACACCUGCGUGGCCGAGCGCUCCUGCCACAUCGACAAGACCCAGAGGAAGAGGUGCCCCUUCUGCAGGUUCCAGAAGUGCCUCGAGGUCGGCAUGAAGCUCGAAGCGGUUCGAGCCGACCGGAUGCGAGGCGGACGCAACAAGUUCGGCCCGAUGUACAAGCGCGACCGGGCCCGCAAGCUGCAGAUGAUGCGCCAGCGGCAGCUAGCGCUGCAGACCAUCCGCGGGACCCUGGGGGACCCCUCCGGCUACCCCUCGGCGGUGACGUCGUUCCUGCACAUCAAGCAGGAGAUCCAGAUCCCGCAGGUCUCGAGCCUGACCUCGUCCCCGGACUCGUCGCCGUCGCCGGCGGCGGUGGCCGCGGGCCUGGUGACGGGCGCCUCCAACCCGGCCGUCAACAACGGGGCGGGCCAGCACCAGCUGAUCGCGCCCUCGUCGCAGGCCUCUCUCUCGGCCGGUGGCGGCAGCGGGGGCGGAGGAGGUGGCGGAGGCGGGGGUAGCGGCGGCGGCUCGGGGGCCGGACCCGGGGCCGGCGCCGGCGGGGGCGGCGCUGCGGGCGGCGGGGCCGCCGGCGCGGGUGGUGGCGCGGGCCCCGGCAACCACCUGCACGCCCAGGGCGGCGCCGUCGAGGGCAAGAUGUGGGCCGCCAACUCCACCACCCCCAGUCCGAAGGCGUUCGGCUUCGCCGAGCAGGCCCCCCAGGCCCACGGGGCCGGGCCCGCGCCCUCCGGGCCUCCCCUCAAAACUAGUCCAAUGAUAAGAGACUUCGUGCAGACCGUCGACGACCGCGAGUGGCAGGCCUCCCUCUUUGGGCUGCUGCAGAACCAGACGUACAAUCAGUGCGAGGUGGACUUGUUCGAACUCAUGUGCAAAGUGCUCGACCAGAAUCUCUUCUCGCAGGUCGACUGGGCGAGGAACUCGGUCUUCUUCAAGGAUCUCAAGGUCGACGACCAGAUGAAGCUGCUGCAACACUCCUGGUCGGAUAUGUUGGUGCUCGAUCAUCUCCACCAGAGGUUACACAAUAACUUACCGGACGAGACGACGCUGCACAACGGGCAGAAGUUUGAUCUCCUCUGCCUCGGCCUACUGGGGGUGCCCUCCCUGGCGGAUCUCUUCAACGACCUCUCCUCGAAGCUCCAGGAGCUCAAGUUCGACCUCUCGGACUACAUCUGCAUGAAGUUCCUGAUGCUGCUCAAUCACGACGUACGAGGGCUGGUCAACAAGAAACACGUGCAAGAGGGACACGAACAAGUCCAGCAGGCUCUUCUGGACUACACGCUCACUUGUUACCCGUCUAUACCGGAGAAAUUCAACAAGCUGCUGGCAGUAUUACCCGAGAUCCACGUGGUGGCGAGCAGGGGAGAGGACCAUCUGUACCAGAAGCACUGCAACGGAGGCGCGCCGACGCAAACCCUGCUCAUGGAGAUGCUCCACGCUAAGCGGAAAUGAACCGACUCGCUCGGACGAAACUCCCUACGAAGGUGAGUGCCCGGUACCGUAGAUUUCGCUCUCGUUGCGGCGGUGCUCGAAAGCGCUCCGGAUGGUCCGCGAGGACGGCCGAGAGUCUAGCGGGGAUCGGACCUAGUUUGGACCUAGUUUGGAUACGGGGGCCCCGGUUCCGAGGAUUACCUACCGCGAUACGAGUCGAGCGUGGACGUAUGCGUCGUCUACAUCUAUACAUAUAUAUACAUAGUAUAUGUAUUAUAACGUGUAUAUCUAAAAUAUAUAUAUAAACAUAA